UCCCUUCCUCCCUCGAGCACGCUGCUGCUGUGACGCACACACGCACGCAAGGCUCACGAAGCAAGCAAGUGAGCAACUGGGAUUUCUUCACAGAUGGAUACGGGGCGCCAGACAGGAAGUGGUGCUUGUUGUGUUACAGUAGAAUAAUAACAACAAUAAUAACAACAACAGCAACACCGUAACUGAAUGAUUCUGUUUGAGAUCGGCGUCUAGUUUGCAGACUCACAGUAUAUCUGUUUUAUCUGCACAGCUUGCCACAGAGAUCCAUUAAGAAGCAGCAGCUAUGGAAUCCACACUUGCUUUUUGCAAUUGCAAUUGAAAUCGAUUGAUUGCAGGAUAUUCCGCGGCACCACCAAUUCAAUCACACAAUAUAAUCGAAAUACUGUUUUUAUUGUGUGCGGCUGCUUGAGACCCCAGUGCCCGGACUAUGCUUGCUGGUCGCGGUACGACGGGUCCCAGUCGUGUCUGUUGUCUUUGCAAAGUAAAGGAAGAGCCUCCAGCGGCCGGCAGCGCGUUGUCUCGCUGAUCGAGGAGUGUUUUUUUCGGGAGCCGCGGAGGAGACGAGCGCCGGGGCCGAUGCGGACAGUCCGGCGACGGGAACGCGACGAGCCGCUAGACCAGCAGCCAUGCAGCCGCAGCAAAUCUACGACUUCUCCGGGGAAGAAAACAGCCACAAAUGGAGAGGCCUUUUCGUGCCAGCUCUCCGAAAGGUCCAGCUGCAGGUUCAUCCCAAUCUCUCAGCCAAAGAGGACGCCCUUCAGUACAUCGAGGAGCUGAUUCUGCAGCUCCUGAGCAUGCUCUGUGUAGCACAGCCGCGCACAGUCCAGGACGUCGAGGAGCGUGUUCAGAAGACGUUCCCUCAUCCCAUUGACAAGUGGGCCAUCGCCGACGCGCAGUCCGCCAUCGAGAAGCGCAAGAGGAGGAACCCCCUGCUGCUGCCUGCAGACAAGAUGCACCCGCUGCUGAAGGAGGUCCUCGGCUAUAAAAUCGACUACCACGUGUCCCUGUACAUUGUGGCUGUGCUGGAGUACAUCUCCGCCGACAUCCUGAAGCUCGCUGGGAACUACGUGGGCAACAUCCGGCACUACGAGAUCAGCCAGCAAGACAUCAAGGUGUCCAUGUGUGCCGACAAGGUGCUGAUGGAUAUGUUUGACCAGGACGAGGACAUGGGGCUGGUGUCUCAGUGCAUGGACGAGCCCUCCUGCCCGGGGGAGCUCUCCUACGAUGACCUGGUGCGCACGGAGAUCGCCGAGGAGCGCCAGUACCUGCGCGAGCUCAACCUCAUCAUCAAGGUGUUCCGCCACGCCUUCUCCAACACCAGGCUCUUCACACCUCUUGAUAUCGAGGUGAUCUUCAGCAACAUCCUGGACAUCCACGAGCUGACGGUGAAGCUGCUGGGGCUGAUCGAGGACGCGGUGGAGAUGACGGCUGAGGGCAGCCCGCACCCCCUCGUCGGAAGCUGCUUCGAGGACCUGGCGGAGGAGCAAGCGUUUGAUCCGUACGAAACCCUGUCCCAGGACAUCCUCUCCCGGCAGUUCCACGAGCAUUUCAGCAGCCUGAUGGCCAGGCCUGCAGUGGCUCUUCACUUCCAGUCGAUCGCGGAGGGGUUCAAGGAGGCGGUCCAGUACGUCCUCCCUCAGCUCAUGAUGGUCCCAGUCUACCACUGUUUGCACUACUUCGAGCUGCUGCAGCAAUUGCAAGAGCGAAGCAAGGACCAAGAAGACAGGGAGUGUUUGAAACAGGCCAUCACCGCCCUCCUUAAUCUGCAGUGCAGCAUGGAGAGGAUCUACAGCAAGAACCUGCCGCGACGCAAGCCAGGGGAGCCCAUGUACCGCCUGUACGGCCGGCAGGUGCGGAGCAAGCAGCUGGCCAUCAAGAGGAUGAACGAGAUCCAGAAGAGCAUCGACGGCUGGGAGGGCAAGGACAUCGGGCAGUGCUGCAGCGAGUAUAUCCUGGAGGGCCCCCUGUGCCACACGGGGGCCAAGCACGAGCGCCACCUCUUCCUGUUCGACGGGCUGAUGAUCAGCUGCAAGGCCAACCACGGCCAGUCCUCCCGGCUGCCCGGCUCCGGCAGCGGCGCUGAGUACCGGCUCAAGGAGAAGUUCGUCCUGCGCAAGGCGCGCAUUUCCGACCGCGAGGACACGGCCGAGCUGCGGCACAGCUUCGAGAUCGCGGGCCGGGAGGAGGGCGGCGUGGUGUUCUGGGCCAAGGGCGCGGAGGAGAAGGGGGCGUGGAUGGCAGCCCUGGUGUCUCUGCAGUACCGCGGCACGCUGGAGCGUAUGCUGGACGCAGUGCUGCUGAGCGAGGAGGAGGCCCAGCCCCUGCGCCUGCCCUCCCCGGAGCUGUACCGCUUCGCAGUGCAGGACUCGGAGGAGAACAUCGUGUUCGAGGAGCGCGUGCAGAGCAAGACCGGCACGCCCGUCGUGAAGGCGGGCACCGUGGUCAAGCUGAUAGAGAGGCUGACCUUCCACAUGUAUGCAGACCCCAAUUUCGUGCGCACUUUCUUGACGACGUAUCGUUCGUUCUGCAAACCACAUGAGCUGCUGAGCUUGUUGAUGGACAGGAUUGAGAUCCCGGAUUCCGAGCCCUCCGAGGCGGACAAGCAGGCUCUGUUGAACGGGGAGCAGCCGAUGGCGGCUGAGCUUCAGAGGUUCCGCAAGGAGUACGUCCAGCCAGUGCAGCUCCGGGUUCUGAAUGUAUUUCGGCAGUGGGUGGAGCAUCACUUUUACGACUUUGAGAGAGACCAUGACCUGCUGCACAGACUGGAAAAAUACAUCUCCAGCCUGAUUCAACUCCGCGGGAAGUCCAUGCGGAAGUGGGUGGAGUCCAUUAACAAGAUCAUCAAGAGGAAGAUCCAGACGCAGCUGAACGGAGUGAGCCACAACAUCACCUUCGAGAGCCCGCCCCCACCGGUGGAGUGGCACAUCAGCCGCAGCGGCCAGACCGACACCUUCGACCUCAUGACCCUUCACCCCAUCGAGAUCGCACGCCAGCUCACCCUGCUCGAGUCUGACCUCUACAGAGCCGUUCAGCCCUCGGAGCUGGUGGGGAGCGUGUGGACCAAAGAAGACAAAGAGCUCAACUCUCCCAACCUGCUCAAGAUGAUCCGACACACCACCAACCUCACGCUGUGGUUUGAGAAGUGCACCGUGGAGGCUGAGAACUGUGAUGAGAGGGUAGCUGUGUUCACACGGAUCAUCGAGAUCCUGCAGGUAUUCCAGGAGCUGAACAACUUCAACGGCGUGCUGGAGAUCGUCAGUGCCAUCAACUCUGUGCCUGUGUACAGACUGGACCACACCUUCGAGGCGGUGCCGGAGAGGAAGAGGAAGAUCUUGGAGGAAGCGGUGGAACUCAGUCAGGACCAUUUCAAGAAGUACCUGGCCAAGCUCAAGUCAAUCAACCCUCCUUGUGUGCCUUUCUUUGGGAUUUAUCUCACCAACAUCCUGAAGACUGAAGAAGGGAACCCUGACUUUCUCAAGCGCCACGGGAAGGAGCUCAUCAACUUCAGCAAGCGCCGGAAAGUGGCCGAGAUCACAGGGGAGAUCCAGCAAUACCAGAACCAGCCAUACUGCCUGCGCGUGGAGCACGAUAUCAGGAAGUUCUUUGAGAACCUGAACCCCAUGGGCUCCAUGAGUGAGAAGGAGUUUUCAGACUACCUGUUCAACAAGUCCCUGGAGAUAGAGCCCCGCAACUGCAAGCAGCCGCCUCGAUUUCCCAGAAGGACCCUGUAUUCCCUGAAGUCCCCGGGUAUCCGGCCCGUGCGCCACACCUCCACCUCAGGGACCCUGAAGGGGCACCCCGUCCCGCUGGAGAGAGAGCCCCCCCACAAAAUCACCUUCCGCAGCAUCGCUGAGACAGAGCCUGAGAUACCGGCCACGGUGCCCGCCUCCCCCAACACCCCCCCCACCCCCCCGCAGUCCGCCUCCUCCUCCUCCGAGCUGGGCUCCGUGUUCCUGGACAUCGACCUCAGCAGCUCCUGCGGUAACAGCAGCAUGUUUGCUCAAGUUCUCUUGCCACAUUCAAAGUGGCACUCCAGUUCCUGUGGGAGUCUCAACCGGCUCAGCGAGGAGCUUCUGAGACCGCCGCCACCCCUCCCUCCGCGCAGGAGAGACACCCUCACAGAGUCCAAGAUGGGUCCCUGGUGGUCGGACAGCCCUCCAGCCAUCCCCCCCAGACUGCCUCCUACUCUGUCCAGGACCCAGCCCCGAGUGUCUGUCUACAAUGGGCCCAGCGAGGGCCCCCUGCCCAGCCCACCUCCCCCUCCUCCCAGGGACCCCCUGCUGGACACCACUCAUCCCGUGCCCACGCGGCCGCCCGAGAUCUUCAUCAACUACCCCCUGAACCUCCAGCCGUCCCCUGUGGGGCGCUUCCACUGGGAGUUCAGCCACAGCACCCCCGGCUCCCCCAACACCUCGCCUGGCACGCCCUCCCCCCGCGUCCCCCGUCGCUGCUGCCCGCUCAGCGCCAGCCAGACCAACCUGUGCCAGCUCCCACCCCCUCCUCUGGCGCCCCCAGUGCCCCCCAGACAGAACUCCAGCCCCCAGCUCCCCAAGCUCCCGCCAAAGACCUACAAGAGGGAGCUCGCUCACUCACCCCUGCACAGACUGCUGCCGUUGGAGAGCGCAGAGACCAGCCAGUGAGGCUGCCCCCAGGCACACAGCCCCCUGCAGGGGGGAGAAGACACUGCAGUGUGAAUUGCAUUGGGGUGCACUGUGUUCGGCUGCUUUGGGGUGGUGGGUUGCAUUCUGUUCGUCCUCGCAGUUUGAAAUCACACUGGAAAGAAGUGACAAUGCCUUGUGGAGUGUUAUUUUAAAUAUUUUUUCCUCAAAAAAAAAAAAAAAGACUAUUGUAUCGAUACAGAUUCUUCUCUUUUUUUGUCUUUUUUUUAUUAUUUUUUUUUAAAGCUUUUCAAAAAAAGUUUAAAAAUGCUACUGAUUGUAAAAAGUUCUCUUUUCUUAUUUUUUUUAAGGAAGACUGUGCUCCACUUCCUUGCUGUGCCUUUCUCCUUUCCUCCCUCUUUCUCUCCCCCUCCCUCUUGUUCUCACCCCCUUCUCUCUCCUCUCCUCUCCUCUCCCUCUCUCACACACCCUGGCACACCGCCUCUCAGGGGAUCAGGAGCUUUGCCUUGACUCCAAGCCUGCAGUGCCAACAACACAGCAGUGCCAGUACAAGCUCCUGUAGGACUGUAAACCACCUAUUACUCUGCAAUGAAUAGUAAUGUGUGAGUAAGAUGCUGUUGCCAUGGAUUCGUGUCCCCCCAGAGACGAUUGAAACUGUAUGCCUCCCUGUGGCAUUCAGCACCUUAGGGGGUGCAAUACCAGAUAGUGUGCAUUGGACGAUGGCCGAGGAAAGCGCCCUAUAAAAACCAUGGUUAAUUAUCAGUAUACCUGCUGACUGGAAUAUGCAACAGAAUAUUUUUCAGCUCAACCCCACAAUCAAGGCUCGAGCUGAGGGAUUGAAGGAGGAGAUCUUAGCUGGGGUGAGCCUUGCACUCCACAGCAACCAGCCUUGAAAUUCACCAGAACAAGCAGCAGUACAUUCAGUCAGUCAGUCACACGCACACUGCUGCUGGACACGUUUGUAACAGCGUGUUUUAAAGAGUGACUUGGUCUGGGUCUGACGUAUCGAGAGAUACCCGAAUGAAGAAUCCUCCUCCUUUAGAUUCACGGCAGUCAUCACAUUCUUUUAUUUUCACAUUACAAAACUACCUGAAAAAAUCUCCUUUAAUAUAUUUUUGAACAAUGCAAAAGAAAUUAUUGAAAAACAUUUUGUGUUCUCAUAGCAACAUUUUUUUAUUGAUAGAUAGAUAGCUUGCCAUGCAAUCAACCUUUCGCUAUGUUAGUAUGUUGCACUGAGCCAUUGCAGGAAGAUUGCGUCUUUGCAGGACCAGAAAUCCUCUUAUUUAAGCUCCAGUAGUGGCCUUCAGUCUUCAGAGGUGAAAUCAGACGAGGAGGAGGAGGAGAGACUCUGGGAAGAGAUGCUCCUGCUGUCCGGACUCUGGGAAGAGAUGCUCCUGCUGUCCGGACUCUGGGAAGAGAUGCUCCUGCUGUCCGGACUCUGGGAAGAGAUGCUCCUGCUGUCUGGACUCUGGGAAGAGAUGCUCCUGCUGUCCAGACUCUGGGAAGAGAUGCUCCUGCUGUCUGGACUCUGGGAAGUGCAGGAGAUUUCUGAGCAGCCCGGAUCUGUGGAACUUGCCUGCUGAUGUUGUGGAAGCUCUGUAACGGGAUGUCUUAAACCCCUCCCAGUGUGUGCUGCUGCAGACAAAACACUACAGACUGAGUGUGUUUUAUUUUUGUUACAGAUACAUUAACAAUGUAGGCUUAACCUUCUGAAAUUCUGAAACGAAGACUAUCCAAAAAAUGCACUAGUACUACUAAUGUCAUUGUUAUAAUUAUUGUUAUUAUUACUGCAGUUCAGAAGCUGGGUUAUCCUAACGUAAGCCAUUUUUGGGGAAUAGAAUUUGAUAAGCAACACAUGCUUCUCAUUGUGCCUGUUUAUUUAUAUCUCAAUCAAGGUGUACACAAUGAAUCUAAAAUGGGUUGCCUAACCUAAUUAACGUUUAGAACAAAACUUUACACCACAAAUGGUGAUUUGGUGUGGGUGUGUAUAUAAUAUAUACACACACACAUACAAAUAUAUAUAUAUAUACUGUAUGUGUGUGUGUGCGCAAUGCUCCCUUCAGAGUCCCCAGCGAAGACCGGCCUACUUCACACAGCCAGGACGUGACCCUCCCUGCGCUGUGUGGCCCGUCCUGCGCUGUGUGGCCCUCCCUGCGCUGUGUGACUCGCUCUGUGCACCGUGCACCACGCAGCUGCUCUUCUAACAGGUGAGCCACUCGGAGACCCCCCCCCCCCCCCCCCAUCAGUUUUAAUUAAAAACAACAACAAAAAAUAGGUAGGGUUUGAAAUCGAGGACACGUCCUCAGUCUUCUACGUUUUCUUAAAGUAAGCCUUGUCUUAUCUCUCUCCCUGUCUCCCUGUCUCGCUCUACCUGGCUCUCUCUUUCUGCCUCCUCUCCCUGUCUGUCUCUCUCUUCCUGGCUGUACCUGUCUGUCUCUCUCUCCCUGGCUGUACCUGUCUGUCUCUCUCUCCCUGGCUGUACCUGUCUCUCUCUUUCUGCCUCCUCUCCCUCGUUGAUUUUGUACAGUGGUGGAAAUCACUUUUUUUAUUUAAUGGUCUGUGGCCUUUUAACUGUGCUUUGUAAUCAUGUUCUCAUUGAGAUUAAUGAAAUAAACCACCCCAGUCUUAACUUUGACAUGUUUGCACUCCGUGCCUCGGUUAUAAGAGCUUGAAUUCCCUGUGCAAUGACUGUUACGCAGAAGAUUUGAGGGGGGGUAUUGUAUUCAUGGUUUUGUUUUUAUGAUUGUUAUAAAUGUGUCACUGGUUUUAUUUGAAUAAAGGUGAAUCUGUUUGGAAUUGAAA